UUUAAAGGCACGAAUAGACCCGCUGUGCCAACAAUACUCUUCUGUACUGGAUUACUGGAGAUCUAAACCUGUUUUCAACGAGCAUGGAGUGACCCAUCAAUAAAGCAUCAGGACCAGCAGCACUUCACGCCUGAUUUAAGUCUCUGCCAGACUUCGCCAAGAGAUGUGGCUAUUGGAGAAGAUCCGCGGUUCGGUGGAGGGAAACGCUCCCCGGCAGGGCGAAUCCGCCGACAAGCAGAGCAAAGCCCCCACCUACAGCAACGUCCUCACUCCUGACAAAAUUCCAGACUUCUUCAUUCCCCCGAAACUGGUGUGCUGCCCCCCAGAGGCAGAGACACCCGAGAUGAAGCCAAAAAACGGUCUCCACCCAUCCAUGUCUGAACAGACCAUUUGCUGCAAAACGCCUCAGGCGGGUCAGCGCAGCCCGCGCCUCAUUAACAAACUCGCAGGAGACACGAAGAACUUGCUCAAAGCUGCAAACCGGCACAUCAUCCAGAUCGAGAGUGCAGAUGACCCUGUGGUCGGGGAAGAGGGCGAUCUCAACACGAACGCCGACCCGCAGUCGCAGACGGCGAUGUCGCUGCCCUACGUCCCCAAAGCUCAGACCUCCUACGGUUUCUCCACGCUGAUGGAGAGCCCUCACACGCGCCGCAAAGAGUCCCUCUUCCACAGCGACCCUACGAGUCCCCUCACUUCGCCCAACACCCAACGCAAGUCUCAGGGGAACCACUUGAACCCCAGCGACUGCAACAUUUCCCAUUCCAACCCCUAUCGUUAUUUCAGUGGGGGAGAGAGCGACACGUGUUCCUCGGCCGAGUCCUCGCCCUUCAACUCGCCUCUUCUGUCCCGUUCCGCAUCCCUCCUGAAGAUGUUCACACACGAAACCCAAGCCAAAGUGUCCCGUGCCAAGCGCUCCUUCGCCAGGCACAGUUCUCUGUCCACGGAUGAGUGCAGCUCCGUGGAGACCAGCCCCAACAUUCAGCGGCGAUUCCGUUGCCCUCCGUCGCCAGCGUUCCGAGGACGUAAAUCUGGAGGCAACAUGGAUCGUUUCACGCAGCACACGGUGAACCUCCACAAAAGAGGAACCCUGCGCCUCUGCACGGACUACGACGCGGACGCGGCCAGGCUUCACAUCCGAGUGCUGGCCGCCGAGGAUCUUUAUGAUAAACAGUUUGACAUAAAGAGCAUCAAUUGUUGCGUGGCUCUAUACCUGAACCCGGGAAAGCUUCAGAAACAGCGGAGCACGAUCAUCAAGAACAGCCGCAACCCCGUCUUCAAUGAGGACUUCUACUUUGACUCCCUUCCAGUAGCGCAGGUGAAGAACCUAGCCAUCAAGAUGAAAGUGGUAAACAAAGGUACCAGUCUGAGGAGAGACACCCUGCUCGGAGAGAGGGAGGUCCUGCUCAAAGAGCUUCUGUCUGGGAUUUAGACGUAUGGCCUUGUCCAACGAAACAACACGGGACGGACCCACAGAUGCCCUCUUUUCCUGAUUCCCUGAUUUAAAACUGUCCAGGUGAUUGGAUUUUUUUAUAGGUGACCUGCAAAAUCCUCCAACGUACAGUGGGCACAUUAUAUGUUUACGAGCAAGGAGCAUGUGGAGAAUUUGCUUGUGAUGCUUUGAGGCCCUUUGUAAAUACAGAUUGUAAGCGUUUGUGUUUUAUCUGCGACAAAGGCUUCUGCCGUCUCCUCUGGGACUCACCGCAGGAGAUACAAACAGAUUCAAAAACAGCUGCCUUUCCAUACAGCAGCACCAAAUUAUUCUCUAAUGUCAAGUAAGGUCAAUUCUUCAUCUGUGGGAUCCUUUAAAUUAGCAAAAACCUUAUGUCUCUAUAAUUUCACUCUUUAUUGCGUCAUUUCUUUCUCUUACUUUCAAUCUGGACUGAUAUCUGAUCUGUGCCGUUUUUAUUGUCAAACACCCUUCAGCCUUACGGAAUGACAAGCACUUCCGAAAUUUUGUGGGAGUGCGACUGAAUGUACGGCAUGAAAAUGAAUGACGUAAAUAAGUGACUUAAACCUGUGUUCUACUAAUCACGGUUCCCAAUAUCAAGUGGAUUAAAUUGUGUACUUAAGAAGAUUAGAUUUGGUCAACAUUGCAUCUAAUUACAACAAACAAGAACCGGAAUGUUCAGCACCGAGGAGCUACCGUGCUUAUUUGGACAUGCUACCAUGGUAAUACUACAUUUCUACAAGAUGUAAUAUGGUUAUACUAUGGUAUUCUUUAAAGUAUAUCGGAGUUUGGUAUACAAUGUGAAUAUGUCAAACAAUAUCACCAUCUGCACCCUGGUAUUUUUCUGAUCACUGUGUUAUUAGUGAUGCACCGAUACCAAUUUUUAAAGACCGAGUAUGAAUACCGAUAUUUUUUUCUGGUACUUGCUUCAUAGUUACAAACAACUCCACCUCAAACACAUUUUGAAAAAAUAAAAAAUGUUGUGAGCUUUUCGCAAACUUUCAAAGCAUAUUUCACAACAAAUUUCUGUAAGUUCUGUCAAAUGAGGUAUCGAUCUUUGGUAUCAGUGCAUUUUUCCGAGUACGAGUACAUGAGCUUAUUAUCGGGCCCGAUACUGGUAUCGGUGCAUCCCUUGUGAUAUUUAUAGCAUGUUAAAUGAAUGGAUGAUUAUCAUUCAUACUCAAAAGCAGAACUUGUGUGGUUUUUUCUUUAAUCUAAAUGAUGUUUUGAUCACACUCAUUUCAGCUUCACUCUCAGGAACCAUUGCAUCCUGGUGUGUGUGCACUUUGAUGAGUUUUUUAAUAUGCCUUUCAAAACGUGUUUGGAUUGUUCUUCUAUUGAAUGUUGGCUUGCAGAUUGUGAACUGUGCAUAGAUGUUUAGGAGCAGAUGCAUGGCAAAAUGUACAAUUGAAUAAGCUGUAUGUUGUUAUGAGAUGGUGAACGUGUGAGAUGUAAGAUAACUUCUUUCCUCACAUCUUCCACCUGUGUUGGAUCAACACCACAGUUUUGUACAAAGAACUUGAAUGUCCCUGGCGAUAAAAGUUUAUAAAAAAAAUGUGAACAUAAAAAUCACCCUUUUUAUCAUGUAAAUGAAUGAAACGUCAUGAUGCCGUUUUAUCUUUGACCUCUAAAGAUGGUCCAGUUAAAGGGAUUGUUCACCCAAAAAUGAAAAUUCUGUCACUCUCAAGUUGUUCCUAACCUGUAUAAAUUACUUUGUUCUGUUGAACACAAAGAAAGUUAUUUUUGAAGAAUUUUUGCAAUGUUCAGUUCUGGGACACCCAUCACUAACAGAGUAGUUUUGUUCUGUUGAACCCAAAAUGAGAUAUUUUGAAGAAUUUAAGAAAGCAAACAGUUCUGGGGCAACUUUGUCUCCCAUUUAAAAUUAAAAAUGUGCCCACUGUGAUAGUGAAUGAUGUCCCAGAACUGAAAAUUGCAAACAUUCUUCGAACUAUCCCUUUAAAUCACUCUUCUGUGGCACCCACUGCAUUUCGGCCUUUGUACCAAGGCAACAGAACAUCACAUGUCAUUUCAUUUGAUAAAACGUUCACACAUCCUUUAAGGUGAAGAGUGUAAUUUCGGUGCCAUUUGCCGCAGCAAAUGUAAUUGUGCAAUUACUACCUUUUUUUUUUGGAAGCAUUCGAAUGGGCUUUCAGGGCGAUAACAUGCGGUUGCCAAGGUGCUUUUAGUGCAUUUUUAUGCAGACUCUACAGUGUCCAGAUUGGUUGUCAAGGAGUUGCUAGGUUGUCCAAGACCUCAUGACCAAAUCAAAUGAUAUUCUGGUUUGUAGUUGCCAAACCGAAAUUCCCUGCAAAUUACACCUAAAUUUAUAAAUCUUUAUUAUGAGAUUGUGAAUUGUGGCAGGACAAGGAGAGAGCAUUUAACUCUUUUUGCGUAUUUUUUCAGAUUUUUUUUCACCCCCCAAGAAAAAAAAAAACCUACUAGUAUAACAUGCUACACAAGUCUUUUGUUCUGAUAAACACAAAGAAAGACUUUUGGAAGAAUGCUUGUAACCAAACAGUUUGGUAAGUGACAUUCUUCCAAAUAUCGUACUUUUUGUUUAUCAGAACAAAAAAAUUUAUACAGAUUUGGAACAAGCUGAAGGUAAGCAAGUUAUUCGACCUGUCCCUUUAAAAGGCUAAAAUUUCAGACUUCAAGUUAUCCAACACUCCAUCCAGGGUGUAUCCUGCCUUGAUGCCCAAAGACUCCUGAGAUAGGCGCAGGCUCCCCGUGACCCGAGGUAGUUCGGAUAAGCGGUAGAAAAUGGAUGGAUGGAUGGAAGUUAUCCAAUAUGUAUAAUGACUAUUCAUGAUAAAGCGUGCUCCACAUACAUCAUCUGUCAUGAACAGUCUUUCCCUUUAAAUGGAAGGAUUUACCCUGCUUUAUCUUUUCUGCUUUCAACCGUUUUUAUUGGGUAUUUUCUGCUCUGCUUCAUCUUUCUGCUGCAUUGAAAGUGUUGUCAUGUCACUCUGACCAAUCUGACAACAUUAAAGUAAAAAUGAGAUUUGCUUCAGCACGGUCAGUAAUUACACUCGGCCUAUGAAUCGCUUCAUGCUGCUCAUUGUUGUGUACUUCCCGCGCAUUGAUUCAUUCCGACAUCAGCGCUCAUUAAAAUGGACAAAUUGCAGGUGUAUUCAAUUUCCCGUCAGAGCCACGAGGAAAACAAUGUUUCCUUCCCAUCGCCAUGAGCUUUUUUUUCGGAUUGGCAGAGAUUUCAAAUUAUAAGAGUAGAAAUGGAUUCCGGUAAAGAUCCUAUGGGCGUGAAAUCUGAUUCAUUUCCAUAGCCGUCUUUCUGUUUGUGAGAUGAAAGUGUCUUGCACUCUAGUUCCAAUAAGUUGUGGAAAAUGAAGUGCCUAUCCACUGUACUUGAUUGCCGUUCCCUUACCCGGUGUCAUCACCAGCCUCAGUGGUCCUAUGCAUGUGUACAUACACACGCCUCACCUGUGAUGUGACAUUUCCAAGCCGGAAAUCGAUGUACCUGAAAAGUGUAUCUCAAAGAUUCAGUGUUUCGUUGUUUGUGUUUGUUAUUAUUCUGAGGUGAAGAUGCACUGUGAUGUCGUUCGUUAAACUCUUUCAAGUGGUUUAUUCUUUUUUUGUAUUCUAGGCUGCUUUUCUAUUCAUAUCCUUACUGGGUUGUACUCUUGCUUUGUCUAUUUCCUUACCUCGUUCAAUAAAAGUUGUGUAGUGUGCA